AUGACGGAGCCGACAAAAGCCGCCGAACACACACACAAGAGCGCCGAGCAGGCCCAGGCACAGCUUCUCAAGGCGGAAAAACAACAGCAGCUGGCGCUUUCGACCGGAGAAACCCCGGAACAACGGAGCGCACGCUAUGAACGCAUGUUCCGCAAACUGGAUCGAGAGGGCAAGGGCCAACUGUCCAAGGAGGACUUUGUGGCAGCCUUCAGUGGCUCGCUCGGUGGAUCUGUGCCCGAGUCGCACACGCUGCGAAACGCAGACUCGCUGGUGGGCAACCUGGUGAAUCUUAUGGACACAAAUGAGGACGGUCUCGUGGACCUGUCCGAGUUCCAGUCGUACCUGGAGCUCACGGAACAGAACCUGGUCUACCUGUUCCACAUCAUCGACGACAAGGGAGACGGUAAGCUGGAUAGAGAGGAGCUGGCCGACGGAAUGGCAGCUGUGGGACUGGGAGACAUGGACAGCGACACGAUAGACGACUUCUUCAAGGCCCUCGAUCGAGACAAGGACGGAUACAUUUGUUUCGACGAGUGGCGCGACUUCCUGCUGCUGGUCCCAAAUGAGGCCGGCUCUACCCUCAAGGCCGCCUACAAAUUUUUUGUAGAGGAGCUGGAUCUCAGCUCCGAAGGAGACGUGAUUUUUCACAGAGACGUAUUACAAGGUCUGGGGUACUUUCUGGCUGGCGGUCUUGCCGGAGCCAUCUCCCGAACAGCCACCGCUCCUCUGGAUCGGCUCAAGGUCUACCUGAUUGCCGAUCCUAUCACUCCCGCAACCACAGCCGCUGCUUCAGGAGCCUCGGAGGCCGUCUAUGAGAGCAUUGCCAAGAACGCAUCCAAGGCAAAGCCCCCGUCGGGGUUCAUGGCCCGACACCACGUGCUGAUCAAUGCCAUCAAGAACAUUUGGGCCGAGGGAGGAAUCCGGUCGUUCUUCAUUGGUAACGGUCUCAACGUGUUCAAGGUGAUUCCCGAGUCGGCCAUGAAGUUUGGCUCGUUCGAGACCGCCAAAAAGUUUCUGUGCCAGCUGGAGGGAGUGGAGGACACUGCUGACUUGUCCCGUGCAUCAACUUUUCUGGCCGGAGGUAUCGGAGGUGUCGUGUCGCAGUUUGUGGUCUACCCCAUCGAUACGCUCAAGUUCCGAAUCCAGUGCGAGCCCCCCACCGGCGCUCUUCAGGGCAAUGCGCUUCUGUGGCACACAAUGAAGCAGAUGUGGAGAAACGGAGGUCUGGCCACCUACUACAGGGGUCUGUGGGCUGGUCUGGGAGGCAUUUUCCCUUAUGCCGCGCUUGAUCUAGGAACAUUUGAGGUCAUGAAGCGAGGAUACAUUACCCGAGAGGCAAAGCGACUGGGCUGCGAGAACUCUGACGUCAAGAUUGGUAACAUGGCCGUUCUGACCAUGGGCGCAUUAUCCGGUUCCGUCGGAGCCACGGUUGUGUACCCCAUCAACCUGCUGCGAACCCGUCUCCAGGCCCAGGGAACUGCUGCUCAUCCUCAGACGUACACUGGCAUCAUGGAUGCAUACCACAAGGCGGUGACCAAGGACGGUUACCGGGGUCUGUUUAGAGGUCUGGCUCCCAACCUUGCCAAGGUGGCUCCUGCCGUCAGUAUAAGUUAUUUGGUCUACGAGAAUACCAAGACCAUGUUGGGGUUGGAGUAA